AUGGCCUCCCGCAGGUCCCUGGGCGGCGGCCGCGUACUGGGGAGCGGGAGGAACUUGUCGCCUGCUGUCUCCCCGCAGCCGUUAGCCCUCCACCGCCCCAACUACAACCCGAGCCUACUGUCGCCCUCGGAGAGCUCGCUUUCGCUGAGCUCGCAGACGUCGAAUAGCCCGGCCAGCACCGCCGAGGCGAGGGAGGACAUUGGCAGCAAGGUGCUGCUUGGACCGAGCGAGAAUGCCGCGGCGAGGGCUUCAAGCAGGCUGGUGUGCCCCAUCUGCAAUGAGGAAAUGGUCACACUGCUACAACUGAACAGGCAUCUCGACGACAACCACCAGAACCUGGUGGAAGAGGAGCAGGAUGAAGUCAAGAACUGGUUCGAGGCGCAGAUGCAGAAAGCAAAGAAGUUCCAACCACUCGCAGUACUGAACCAGAAGCUCAAGGGCCUCGACGUCUUCGAGUCCAACGACGCCCCCACGCCGCCUCCCAUCACCCACUCCCGCUCUGCUAGUAGUGCCACUACUCACGUUGUCCACGAACCCGCACCCGUGCGCAGAGACCCCGAGGAGGAAGUCACGCGAAUGCAUUGGCAAAGAAUGAGCUACAGGGACGUAUGCUCAGACCCACUCUGUGCGAGGCCCAUCACAGCAUCACAAAUGGCUUUGGGCGGCAGUCAGCCAGCAGUGAACUGCAGGCAAUGUGGCAGGCUGUUUUGCGAGGAGCAUACCAUGUACCAGAUGAAGCUGUCACGGCAAGCCAAGCAUGACCCUGUCAGGGGCAUUUGGUGCCGGGUGUGCGAGACGUGCUACAAGUCAAGAGAAGGGUACAACGACCACCACGGAUUCGAGCGCAAUCACUUCGAUGAGUUCGCAAGCAUCAGACGGAAGCGGGUCGAUAGAGAGCAUAUGGAAGUCAGUAGGCUGGAAAAGCGCCUCACAAAGUUGACGCAGCUACUUGCGAAUCCGCCCCCGCUGGACGAGAGCCAGACUUCUGGAAGCUGGUUUUUACUAUCCGGGGCUAAGAAUCAUCGUAAAGCUUUGGAGCAGUCCAUCAUCACAUGGGAAGAAGAUGCGAAGGUUACGAAUUGUCCAUUUUGCCAACAGGAGUUCUCCAACUACACUUUCAGAAGACAUCAUUGCCGCAUGUGCGGUCGUGUGAUUUGUGGCGACCCUAAGACUGAGUGCUCGACGGAAAUAGGAUUGAACGUUGCUGCAGGUGCGAACACGACAGAGAAAGCAGCGAGUCAGAUGAGCAUCGAUGUCCGCAUGUGUAAAAACUGCCAGCACACACUGUUCGCUAGAGGCGACUUCCAAAGAGAGCUGGCCGAGAAACCGAAAGACCAGCGCUCAUACGAGAACUUGGCGCAAUUCGAAAGGGGCAUUCGAUUACUUCUACCUCGGUUUCAAAAGCUUUUACAGGCUCUUCAAGACCCAGACAAACCCCCGACGCCACAGCAAUUAUCGGAUGCUUCUAAAGUACGAAAGAGGUUGAUGGAAGGGUUCGCGCAGUUCGAUGCUGCCGCGAAACGGAUACGAGAUUUACCCACGGACUCACCGACACAGAAACGACUCCAAAAAGCUGUGUAUCAACAGGCGUACAGCUUCUUGAGCUUGCACAUGCUUCCGUUACGUUCUUUGCCGAGGAUUCUGAAGCAUGCUGCACCGCAAGGUCGCUCGAACGGCGUGGGUGCGCUUGCAUCUAUCAAGUAUAAUGACAGAUCUGUUGGUAGUUUAGUUAGUAGUAGUGAUGUCUCUGCCAUGGAGGUGGAGGAGAAGGAGCUGCGAGAACGACUAAUUGUUCUGGAGGAGCAAAAAUUCAUGGUUUCAGAAAUGGUUGGAAACGCAACAAAGCAUCGAAGAUUUGACGAGGUGUCAAGUCUUGCGCAAAACCUGGAGGACCUAAGCCAGGAGAUUGACCAAGUCAAUGGCCAGCUGGGACAACUCGAUUUCGCGGGCGCAUAUCAGAGAGAUUUGGCGAGUCCACCACCUGGAUGA